AUGGCGACCAAGGCAGAGCUCCCGCCGGACAACGAGUGGACGGUGUUCUACCCCAUAUACAUUAAUGCCAAGCGGAGCCUCAAGCAGGGCCGGCGUGUGGCCGUGGCCGACGCGUGCGACAACCCCACCAUGACCGAGGUCGAGACCAUCUGCCGAGUCAACCUCAAGCUCCCCACAAAGGCCGAGCCCGAGGCCAUGUACUCGCGGGACUACCUCGAGAAGGGCCGUGUCCGCGUCGCUAUCAAGACCAAGGAGGGCAAGCUGCUCAACGACGAAAUCCCGUCGCGUAUGGCGCUCUGGCGCGCCGUCGGUCGCAUCGUGCCUACCAUUGCCAAGCGAGGCAAGGCGCCGGGCAACGGGGGUAAGAAGGGCAAGAAGAACAAGAAGAAGAACAAGAAGAAGAAGUAA